CAGCUGGCUAUCCGUGGCCUUUGUCUUUUCUUUUCUUUUCUUUUUUUUUUUUUAAAAACCUUCAAGUGUUCUCAUCAUGUCGGGUGCGGUGGGCCGUGAGGCAGUCUUCCCGACACGCCAGUCCCUCGGGUUGAUGAAGGGGAAGUUGAAGGGCGCCGAGACCGGUCACAGUUUACUGAAGCGCAAAUCCGAAGCUCUUACCAAACGUUUCCGCGAAAUCACCCGCCGCAUUGACGAAGCCAAACAGAAGAUGGGCCGCGUCAUGCAGAUCGCCGCAUUCUCGCUGGCGGAGGUGAGCUACGCCGUGGGCGGUGACAUCGGCUACCAGGUGCAGGAGUCGGCCAAGCAGGCGCGGUUCCGCGUGCGCGCCAAGCAGGAGAACGUCUCCGGCGUGCUGCUGCCGCACUUUGAGAGCUACACCGAGGACGCGAUCAACGACUUCGGGCUGACGGGGUUGGGAAAGGGUGGGCAGCAGGUCCAGCGCUGUCGGGAGACGUACGCGCGGGCUGUGGAGACGUUGGUGGAGUUGGCAAGUUUGCAGACUGCGUUUGUGAUUCUGGAUGAGGUGAUUAAGGUGGUUAAUCGCAGAGUGAAUGCUAUUGAGCACGUUAUCAUUCCCCGCACGGAGAACACGAUCAAGUAUAUCAACUCCGAGCUGGACGAACUCGACAGAGAAGAGUUCUACCGUCUCAAGAAGGUGUCCGGCAAGAAACAGCGAGACACCGCUGCCGCCGACGCCGAGAUCCUGGCUGCGCGGGAGAAGGCCAAGGCCAAGGCGGAGGCUGCCGCUGCUGCCGCCGCCGCCGCGGCAGCCAACGGAGAGGAAGCGCCCGUCGAGGAGGGAGAAGAAGAGAAAGCGGCUGCAGCAGAAGAGGAAGCCCCUGAGGCACCGGACGUGCUCGGCGAGCAGGAAGAUGCCGACGUGAUUUUCUAAGUCUAGCGCAGCGAUGUCCCCCCUUUGUCUCCCUGUUAUGUACCUAGUAUACUUCCGAGCAUGUAGCUGUUAUUGUCUUCACUUGAGAAUUUGUGUUUCUUUUUUAAGUCAUAUCCCCAAUGGAAGCAAAGAUGAGCAUUGGC